UGGAUUUCACAGUGCUGACCACAGAGCUAACUGGGCUGAUUUUCACCCUGUCACCGGAAAGUGGACUAUCUGGGUCUUCAUGAAGGAUGCUGUGAUUUUGAAACCAGGUCACCUGGAACCUGGGGCUGCCCCAGCUCUCUCAGGACUUGGCAGACAUCGGAGGUGGCAGUGAAGGAGACAGUGGUGGUCAAUGUUAUUUGAGCAGGGUCAGCAGGCCCUGGAGCUUCCGGAGUGCACGAUGCAGAAGGCUGCUUACUAUGAAAACCCAGGACUCUUUGGAGGCUAUGGCUACAGCAAAGCCACUGACACAUAUGGCUACAGUGCCCCCCAUCAGCCUUUUCCACCCCCUACUGCUGCCAACUCUCUGGACACUGAAUACCCAGGUUCUGCCUGCUCCAUCCAGAGCUCUGCACCUCUGCGAGCGCCAGCCCACAAGGCGGCUGAACUCAAUGGCAGCUGCAUGCGGCCUGGCACUGGGAACAGCCAGGGUGGGGGUAGCAGCCAGCCUCCUGGUCUGAACUCAGAGCAGCAGCCACCACAGCCCCCUCCUCCACCACCAACCCUGCCACCUUCUUCGCCCACCAAUCCUGGAGGUGGAGUGCCUGCCAAGAAGGUCAAGGGUGGGCCCAAUGCUUCUGGCUCUUCAGCCACCAUCAGCAAGCAGAUCUUCCCUUGGAUGAAAGAGUCCCGACAGAACUCCAAGCAGAAGAACAGCUGUACCACUGCAGGAGAGAGCUGCGAGGACAAGAGCCCGCCGGGCCCAGCGUCCAAGCGGGUGCGCACCGCGUACACGAGUGCGCAGCUGGUGGAGUUGGAGAAGGAAUUCCACUUCAACCGCUACUUGUGCCGGCCACGCCGCGUGGAGAUGGCCAACCUGCUGAACCUCACCGAGCGCCAAAUCAAGAUCUGGUUCCAGAACCGGCGCAUGAAGUACAAGAAGGACCAGAAGGCCAAGGGCAUCCUGCACUCGCCAGCGGGCCAGUCCCCGGAGCGCAGCCCGCCGCUCGGGGGCUCGGCGGGCCACGUGGCCUACUCGGGCCAGCUGCCGCCGGUGCCCGGCCUGGCCUACGACGCGCCCUCGCCUCCCGCUUUCGCGAAAUCUCAGCCCAACAUGUACGGCCUGGCCGCCUACACGGCGCCGCUCAGCAGCUGCCUCCCGCAGCAGAAGCGGUACCCGGCGCCGGAGUUCGAGCCCCACCCCAUGGCCAGCAACGGCGGCGGCUUCGCCAGCGCCAACCUGCAGGGAAGCCCCGUGUACGUGGGCGGUAACUUCGUCGACUCCAUGGCACCCGCGUCCGGGCCGGUCUUCAACCUGGGCCACCUCUCGCAUCCGUCUUCGGCCAGCGUGGACUACAGUUGCGCCGCGCAGAUUCCCGGCAACCACCACCACGGACCGUGCGACCCUCAUCCCACCUACACAGAUCUCUCGGCCCACCACUCCUCUCAGGGACGCCUGCCCGAGGCCCCCAAACUGACGCAUCUGUAGCGGCCGCCCACGGCCCGAACUCCUGGCGCAAUUACCUCUUUGGCUUUGGUGGCGGGGGUGGCGGGCGGGCCCUGCGGGGCAGCUGGUGACCCUCCCUCGCCCUGUCCUGGUCGCUGCCUCCCCGGUUUCGGGCCAACAGCGGCCCGAAGUGCAGGCGACUGGGCCUCCCUUCCAGGCGCGUCCUCCUUUGGGUGACUCGCCAUAAAUCAACCGCAAGGAUUCUCCUCUGUAAGCCUGACAGUGCCAAAUACUGCGGACCCAGGGGCUCUAGUCUGGUAAUGAUGUCCCGAAGGUAAGUCUGAGAUUCGCCGGCAGCGCGCUCGGCAGAAGGACCAGAGCCUGGAGAGCUCUGGGCCUGGCCCGUGGCUAGCCGAGUUGCGGAGACCUUAAUUUAUAUGCUCCUUCCCGUCCUGUAAGGAUUGAAUCGGACUCAACAAUCUGUAUUUAUUAUUUGAAGCGAGUCAUUUCGUUUCUCUGAUUAUUUAUCCUCGUCUUAAUGUAUUUAUGUGUAUACUUGUAGAAUUCUCCAGCCAGCUUAGGAACGCGCUCCCAGGCCUCGGGGGCCACAUUUCAUCUCUUUAGUCCCUUUGGUCUGAACUAGCUGAGAGAGUAGUUUUGAACAGUUGUAACCGUGGCUGGUGUUUGUAGUUAAUGUAAAGGAUUAAGACCGCAAAUUGUCCUUCAUGGGUAGAGUCAGACGACACCCGUUACUCAUUUCUCAAACAGCCACAGCCCUCCAACUCGACACAGUUUAUUGAUUUCAAAUUGUCUGGUACUAUUUGAACAAAUAUUUAGAAUAAAGAAUUUCUCAGU